AAUCCUUUCCAGCCUGUCGGAAGCGGAGAGUCAAAUGCAGUGGCACCCGGCCAAGAGGGACUUUCUGAGCGGCAGGCCCAGAAGCAGGCACUUUUUCGCACGUCCAGAGCCUACCGAAGCGCCCACAAUGUCUUGAAGUUGAUCCAAUCGAGCGAGGACAGAGUUGUUCAAGACCUUGUACACCAAUUGAGAGACUCCACGGACCUUGACGAUACCAUCGAGUCGAUUGGAAAUGCGGAUCUUAUGGUUAAAGGGGCAGACGAAGAAACCCGUGAGAUUCUCCAUGAGUGGAGAGGCUUCAACCAUUGGGAAAGACUGCUCACUAUUUCUCGCCCAUAG